GAACAUUUGAACCUUCGAGUUCAGAACUAUGACGGAGUGGAUGUAAUCUUCAAAAUAAUGACAACAACUCCUCUCAGGAAACUAAUGGAGGCCUAUUGCAUACGUCUAUCCCUCAAUCUAAAAUCAAUUGUAUUUCUAUUCGAUGGCAAAGCUCUCCAACCUGACUUCUCCUCUGCAGCUUAUGGAAUUAUAAACAAUGACAUAAUUGAUGUUGUAAAACAACACAAGGUC